AUGAAUAGUUUGAUUUGGAGGUUACUCACAAACUCUGGUUCUAUGUGGGUGGCUUGGACGAAGACUUACUUGCUAAACACUCAUAGUUUCUGGGAUACCAAAGGCAACCACGCAGGAUCUUGGAUUUGGCGAAAACUCCUGAAGCUCAGGGACCAAGCGGCACCUUUCAUGAAAUCGGAGAUAGGAAAUGGUAAGGGUACCCUAUUCUGGUAUGACAACUGGUUACCGGUGGGUAGACUUAUUGACAUUGCAGGUGCUUUAGGAACGCAAGUGUUAGGCAUCUCCCGCUAUGCAACCGUCUCAGACGCUGCCUCUGGGGGACAAUGGAACAUACGUCGGUGUCGAGGCUAUCACCUACGGGCGAUGAUAGCCUGCAUCAACUCUGUUCCAGCUCCAGCGGAGGAUGCGGAUGAGGAUAGGACUCUAUGGCGUCACGGAGAUGGGGAAUACAAAGAGAAAUUUUCGAGCACCGAAACAUGGGAGCAAUUACAGGGUUCAUACCCCAAAUUACAAUGGUGUAAAGUUGUUUGGUUCCGACAAAGCAUCCCACGUUUUUCUUUCAUCACUUGGUUGGCUUUUAAGGAUAGGUUGGCGACAGGAGCGAGAACAAGAGCUUGGUGUAUUGUUCAACCUUGCCUCCUAUGUGGAGAACCUGACGAAACUCGCGACCACCUAUUCUUUGCAUGCCCUUUUUCCUUUACGGUUUGGCUCGACCUGGUGGAGUUCAUACUGGGACCAAAUGCAAAUCCUGACUGGACAACAACUAUCACCUCCAUCACCUCUAAUCGAAGGAAAGAGACGGAUAGAUGCUUGUUGAAGCUUGCCCUCCAGGCAAGCAUUCAUAGCAUAUGGCGUGAGCGGAACAGCAGGAGACACAACAACAAUCCUACCAGCACUGGGCAGUUGGUUCACUACAUCGACAAAACAAUUAGAAACAGGUUAUCUUCCCUCAGGCAAAGAAAUCCUACCUUCUAUGCCGAAACAAUUCAGAGAUGGUUCGAAAGGACAUCUUGA